CCUAAAUUAGCCAUAUCCCCUUCUCUAAUUCUCCGUUUCUACCCCCGCUCCACCUCUCCAACCUAGGGUUUCUGAUCUGAUUCCUCGUCCACCGGCCGGUUUCAGAAACCCUAUUCCUCGCAGAAGCUCAUAUCCCCCAACCGAAUUUUCGCGCCAGGGUUUUAUAUUAUCAAUCGUCCAAUCGUCGGCAUCGUGACGGAUUCCGGUUAAACUUUAGCUGUUUCAGCAGCGGCGAUGAAGCAUACGAAGAGGAGAAGGAGGAAGAAGAGCUCGGCGGUUCCGACGCCGGUCGCCAAGGAAGACGAAGAGCAGAAGGUGAUCCGCUCGCUUAUGGAGGUUUUCUCGUCGGUAUCGCUUGACGACGCCACUUAUGCAUAUCGCGAAGCCGAUGGCGACGCGGGCAAGGCCGCGGAGAUUUUGGAACGGGCUGUGGCUGAAUGUUCCGAAGAGCCAUUCACGAGCUCCACAGCGAGUGGCGUUUCUGGAUCGGACGCGGCUUCGAGUUCGGGCUCGAGCUCGGGUUCGAGCUCGGGUUCGGGUUCGUCGGAAGGGUUUGAGUCGGGUUGUAUUCAGAAUUUGGUGAGCGAGAAGGGUUUAAGGGGUAAGCAGAAGAGGGUUGUGGCGGCCGCCGGAACGGUAUCGACGGUUUUGGGUAAGGAGUACGUGAGCUCGAUUCCUAGGAGGGCUCCAACGUCGUCAAAAGUGACGAAGCUGAAGGGUUUUGGUAAUGGAGGUGCUGCUGGGCAAGAGGAAGCUGAGCAGUUUCUUUGUUCUAUGCUUGGAGAUGAGUCUGAGCUGAGCUUGGCGGUUGUUAGAGACGUCCUUUUUCAGUGUGGGUAUGAUGUUGAAAAGGCCCUGGAUGCAUUGCUUGAGGUCUCUUCCUCGUAUGAACAGUCCAGUAGUAGUUCUAACUAUAGUAUGUUUUUUAAGGAAGAUAGUAGACAUCCCUUUGAACAGUCUGACACUUCCCUCACCAGAAGUUACUAUACUGUGUCCUGUGGAAGAACAAAGACUCCUCUGAAUAUGGAAGAACAAAGACUCCUCUCAAUACUGACAGAUAGGGCAUCUGAUUGCACUUCGCAUUCGUCUGAAUAUGAGCAGGAUAAUAUAUGGAAUUAUUCAAAGGUACUCACUGAUUCUGAAGCUCAUUCUCCUGCUAGCCCCAAAAGUACUGCGGCAGAUCUCUCUCAAAAGGUGUUGGAAUCUUUGUUUAACAUCUCCAAGAGUCCUGAAUAUGAACCAAAAACCAUGAAUUGGAAGAAUGUUGCAACUAAAUUGCAGUCAUUGGCACCUAGGUAUGAUGUUUGCACUUCUGGCUCAGCGGAAGCACAGCAGGUCAAUUUUGCUCAAGGAGAUGAAUAUCAUGCAUUCAGAGGAACUGCAAAGGAGCACUGGGAUUCAAUGAGGUCCUACUAUCAGAAAGCUGCAACGGCAUAUUCAAGAGGAGCACGGGAACAUGCAAGUUACCUUGCUGAGCAGGCGAAGGUACAAACUAAAUUGGCACAAGCAGCUGACGAAAAGGCAAGCCAGGAAAUCUUUAAAGCUAGAAACAAGGGCAUAGAAAAUGUGAUAACAAUUGAUUUGCAUGGGCAACAUGUCAAACAAGCCAUGAAACUUUUAAAAAUCCAUCUACUGUUUGGAACUUAUGCACAAUCGGUUCAAUUCCUCAGGGUUAUCACAGGGAGCGGGUCGCAUGGUUAUGGAAGGUCAAAGCUGAAGCAAUCGGUCAUCGAACUUGCUGAGAAUGAAGGUAUUCAAUGGAGGGAAGAGAAUCGAGGAAUGGUAUUACUCAAGCUAGGUUCACAUAGAGAGUUCAGCUUUCAGGAUGCGGAGAGUGAUCCCGAGUAACCUCCUUUAGCAUGGUAUGUAAUACCCACCACCGGUUGUGUUUCUGGUUAAUGUUGUCAGUCAGUAGGGAGUUACUGUUUAGUGUAGUCGCCUUAAUGUCGUGUCGGAGGCCAGGUUUACGGAUGUCCAUAUUCAUCUCUUUUCUCUAGGUCGCUUAAUUAUCUAGACGCCUCUAUUGAAGAAACUAGCUCAGCUCAAGUUGCUCGUUGUACUUACCGUGUAGGGCAUGUAUAUAACUUGAGAAAACUGUGUAAAACUUAACUUAGUUGACAAUGCAUUGAAACUGAAACUGUUGGAUCAUGACA